AUGCCUCCUUUCAUUGACCUUGAGCCUUUCAAGGCUGAGAUUAUCAGCUUAUUCCAUCAGAAUCAUUCAGCUAGUGAUAUCGCUUCAAUUAUUCAGGAGAAACACCAUAUCAAAGUUCGUGAACGUACGAUCUGGAGCCGAUUGAGUAGUUGGGGUAUCAGCAAGCGUGAUCGUACAGCUACUACUAAUUCUUCCUUACAUGAUCGUCUUGAGGAGCUGUUCUACCAACAAUGUCUUUCAGAUCUUGAGCUUCUACGUGCUCUACAUGAAGAAGGCUACACACGAGGCCUUGUCCGACGAACAGAUGAUCCCGGUCAUCUACUCAAAGUAUAUAAUGAAGGGACAAUCCAAGGCUAUGGACGGGAGCUUUUAUUUACUUAUAUGCGUGGUGAAUAUCUUUUUAUUCCACGGCAACGGUUAUUUAAUGUCUAUCGUACGAUCGCACCCCUUGCCGUACAACAACGGAAGAAUGACAUGCAGCGACAACGUGGCUCGUAUAUAGUUCCAGGACCAGAUCAUGUCUGGUCAGUGGAUGGCUAUAUGAAACUAGAGCCAUAUGUCAGUGUUGUACGACAAUAUCUUGAUACUAUACAACAACGGAAGAUUAUAUGCAACAAGAUCCGAUCAGAUCAUGGAUCAGAGACAUCUAUACUUGCUGAAGCCCAUCACUAUCUUCGGAAAAUGUACGAGCCAGAGAUCCAGCCAGAGCAGUGCUAUAUCUUUGGAACUAGUACUGCAAAUCAGAGAAUUGAGUCUUGGUGGUCACAGCUAAGUAGAUCAUUUCUUUUUCGAUAUCGCAACUAUUUUAGAGCUCUAUUGGAAAAGGGUGAUUUUUCUAAAGAUCUCAUUCCAGAUCAGAUUGCUUUAUAUGCUGUUUAUAUGCCUAUUCUCCGAUCUCAGAUCCCAUCCUACGUACAGAGCUGGAAUCAUCAUAAUAUACGGAAACAGCCAGAGAGACCAUAUAUUAUCUCCGCUGAGACUCUCCAGUGGUGCCAGACCAUACUUCGGGGUAUGGGCUUUGACCCUGAAAAGCCACCACCAGUCCCUUCUAAGGAAGCAGAGGAAGCCCCUUUUCGUACGAUCUAUCUUGGGUUACGCCAGCAGGUGAUAAUGCAUAUGAAAUCACACGCUAAACCAUUUUUAGGUUUAUCCAAGACACCAACUGGAGCCUUUGAUUGGAUUAGACAACAGGGAUUAGGAUAG